AACGACCAAGACAGCAUGUAAUCUUUCAAACCUGUCAAAUAAAUUCUAUUUUUUUGCCUGUUCAAAAUUCCUGUGUUUUAUUGCAAAAAUGGCACCCGUUAUGGGGGUUGGGGCCCUUGCCUUCAUGAAGGAGCAGUUUGAGAAGGAUUUGAAACAUUUUAAAGUUUACGAUACGUACACUCCGGACUUUAAUAAAACUUUACUGACGAGUAAGUUUUACUCAAAAUAUGAGGGUCAGAAUAGUGAUGAUGUGGCGGACCCCAUACUUAUGGAAAAAAUCAAGAAAGUUAAAUAUGGCACACCGAGGGACAGGCAUCCCUGGCCCUCCACAGAAAACCAAUGUUAUGGGUGGUUCCAUGAACCCCUAGUACCCAUCGUUUGGGAUGAUAACAGAUACUACCACCCCCGCAAAUCAUCAGAUUUUAUCAGACACGAGUUACAAUUAAAAAUGGAUGAAUCAGCCUUACCUAAAGUGAAAUUUGCUGGAAUUCCCUUCAAAGUCCAGUGAUCCAAAAUGUGUGCUCCCACCCAAAAAGUCACCUAAAACACUCCCUGAAUUAUCAAGAAACGUAAUUCAAAUAAAAAUAACUCACUUUUUGUAAUGUA